CUAUUUUGUUUUCUGCCCUUAAGAAGAAAGCAAGGACCGUCUGAGGCCGAGUUCCCGUUGUUCUUAAUCGGCGGCGGCGUUUGAGGCUGUACUCCGGCACCCAACUCGGACGUUGGGCUGCAAAUUUCAUUAGAGAGAGAUGGGAGGCAAAGGACAGCGGCGGAGAGAGCGGAAUUACAGAGCUGCACAUGGAACUUACGAUCGUCUCCCACCUCCGCCGGACUCUUCGAAACUCGAUGCUCUACCUUCCAAACUCCGCAAGCUAAUGUCCUUCACUUCCUCUCGAGAUCAAGAGUCUGAGAAGGUCUUGAAGGAUACUCAGGACAAGCGCAAGAAAGAAGCCGUGAGUUCUGAAAAGAAAUCCCACCCGGAGGAUGCUCGGGGAAGAACUGAUGUAAAAAACGAAGGUAAUGGUGGGAAUUCAGAAAUGCCUCAGCUUACAGAUAGUGGUGAUGACAUGCAAAGCAAGUCCAGUGAGAAGAAAGACAAAAAACGAAAGAGAAAGCAGGUUAAUGACCUUCGUUUUGAGGAACUAGCGGGAGAAUCAAAUCGGCGUUUAAAGAAACGGGAACGUAGGAAAAAAUUUCAGGAGGCGAAAAAAAAUAAACAUAAAAAACCCAAGACAGAGGAGGAUCUAGACUUCCCAAGACAUGAAAAAAUCAAAUUUGGAGACGUGGUUGAAGCUCCACUGAAGUUGGUUGCAGUUCCGAAGGCAUUUAAAUCUGCACAAGUUGCUUCACAAGAGAGGAAGCGAUUGCAGGCUAUAAAUGAAUAUAGAAACCGCAAGGCAUGGACCUCAAGGCCAGGGAUACAAAUACCUUCAAUGGGGAUAUCGCCCGCUGUCUAAUUGAUCUGGAUUUGCAUUAAUGGUGGUGGUUGUGUUGGGGCAGGAGCAGAUUUGGUUCCAUUAGGAGGCCAUAAGCUGGCAUUGGCAAAUGGCAAUGGGAAUCUCUGCAUCACUAACCAAAGUACAGAGAAAUAUAUCAAUAUUUGCUGGGAAGAUUUGCUCCAAAAAUUACCCAUCAAUCAGCUAAGAAAUCAAAGGUAAGAUUCUGAAAAUCUUUGAUAGAAGCUAACCAUCUUCUGCUCAUUGCUUCAUCCGAGAGUAAUAGGCUUUUUUGCAGAGUCGUUUAUUGUUCGAAAAUUGAGAUUGAGAAUGAGAAUUGUGGGUGUUUUGGGUUAAAAUUAUACUUCUCAAGUCUCGACGUAGUUUUGUUCUUAUACUUUUAAGAGUUUAUAUUUUGUUC